AUGACCACCCAACCCCCCAAUGCCUCCCUCUACCCAGGUGAAAUCCUCGACACAAUCGCGGGGUACCCCACGAUCUACAACUACCAACCCAGCACCAAUUCGAAUGAUGCCACCACAAAACCACUGAUAGUGUGCAUCCCCGGCGGAGUCCACCUAGCCCGAAUCUACUACGGCGGGCAUAGUGGCUCCUCCGCAAACAACUUUCUAUCCUAUCACCUAAAUAAGCAUGGCUUCAACGUCCUCUCAGUCUCAUACCCCCUCGCAUCAACACCCGCAAUCAUGCCAGCUACUGCACCACACUUUCGCAUAAAUGACUGGGGUCGUCAAACAGCGACUACGGCUAAGAAAGUCAUUGACGAACACGCCCUCCCUGCAUCCGUCAUUUUGAUCGGCUGGAGUAUGGGCGGCCGCGUGCUCGUUCCAUUCACGGUCUCCGCGAAAGAACUCGGUUUGCACGUGGAGCAGUUUAUUAGUUUUGCGGCAACUCCUGGUAUCUCUGGUUUACGCCCGAAUCUGUACCAACACCCUGUGACGGGUUCUGCGGGUUGUACGGACGUCGGGUAUAUGCUUAAGCCGGCGCGGUUGGAGAAUUUCGUUCUGCAGGUUGAGGAGAUGGAACGGUAUAAUGGCGCGGAGAUUAUUCCGCGGGAUGUUUAUCUAAAGGAAUAUGUCGGCGGGAGUCCGAUUAGUCUCACGGGGUUGAGGUUGAAGUACGAUGGAACGGGGUUUGUACAGGAUGAGAUGACGCAUGAAGAGGAUUCGAGGGUUUGGGAUUUUGCGAAUUGUCCGCUUGUUUCGGGGCUGUGUCCGGAUGGUGUGUUGGAUGCUAGUCAUGCGAUGGCGGAUCGGGCUACUUGGGGGUUUAUUCUGACUUAUCAGUUGGAGAUUGCUAUUGGGAACGAGGGGUUAAAAAGGGUGCAGGGGACGGGGAAGUGGAAGCGGUUGUUGGAUUUUGUUCAUGAUGCGCCGAGGAGGUUGUGUUGGUCGGUUGAAGGGAAUCAUUUCUUUUUCGUUGGAAAGAGGGCUGCGAGUGAGAUGGCUGACAAGGUGGUGAGGCUUAUUGACGAGGCGGUGGUGUUCAGGAGGGAGUUUGACGAGAUACUGUCAUAG